UCGGCCUGUGAUUGGCUGUGUGCGGAGGUUCGGUCUCUUCCUGACAGUCUCCGCCCACACUCCGGCACACCGCCGCACACCGCCCGGACCUCCGUCCCGACCAGACCAGCGGCCCACAGGACCGACAGGACCGAGGAGCAGCGGCCGACACACGGUGAAGCAGUGGGCUGGCGUCCUCACUGGGACUCUCUGGGUGAAGCGACAGGUGAAGCGACAGGUGAAGCAGGUGGUCCAUGGAGCUGUGAGUGCACCUGUGUGACCUGGUCCAGCUCUCAGAGCUCAGGAGCUGGUUAAGACCUGACCCAGGAUCUGACUGCCGCUCCAUAAUAAUCCUCUCAGGAGCAUUAGCGGGCUAAGUUUGGCCGGACUGUGACGUCACCAUGAUGCAGAUAUCUGACUCCUACAACCAGAAGAACUCGCUCUUCAACGCCAUGAACCGCUUCAUCGGCGCCGUCAACAACAUGGACCAGACGGUGAUGGUGCCCAGCCUGCUGCGGGACGUCCCGCUGGACGACGCCGAGAAUGUGAAAGCGGUGACCGCCGCCAACAGCAGCGCUGCCACCAACGGCGCCGCCUACUUCCAGCAGGACGGGGACAUGUACAGCUCGUACGUGCUGCUCAAGUCCAUCCGCAACGACAUCGAGUGGGGCGUCCUGCAGGGCGAGGAGCGGCGGAAGGAGAAGGCGGGCGCAGCCGAGGUGUCGCGGCCGGAGGCGCAGGACGACGACCUGGAGAAAGAGUUUCACUUCCACCUGAACGGACUCCACGCGGUUCUGUCCAAACUGACGCACAAGGCCAACACGCUGACGACCCGCUACAAGGAGGAGAUCGGCUGCAGGAACUGACGCUCACCUGGACGCCGGGUCAGGUGUUCUGACAGCAGCUGCUCAUCAGGUCCAGUCUCAAAGUGCUGGUUCUGAUGUUGGUUCAGUCCAAAGUCACAGAGCCAAAUAAACUAACAAACGACGACUUGAGCGUGUAUUAUAAUAUGAUCCAGAACUCAUCGACCCGUCAGAGGUUCUGCAGCUGAACUCGGCGCCAUCGUUCAGAUUUAUUUAUUAAUGUUCAGGGAGAUAAUUAGAAUCAUCCGGGCUGAACUCUGAACUCUGAACUGGUCCUUCCUGAUUAAAAAACAUUUGUUUGUUUGAAUGAUCCGUCAGAACCAUCAGAACAUAACUGAGUCCAGAUUUCUGAUGUUCUGUUGAGAAGGAGUUUUAAUAAACAGUGUGAUUUAAAACACGA